GCAUUCCACCCCCAGGGAAAGGCAAGAAACAUCUCAAACCGUCCCGGAGCUUCAAUGAUGAGCAAGGAGAUCACCCCAACUCUCCUGGGGCCUACUUCUUUAACAGCCAAGAUCAAAACUAUGCAGAGCACUUAGACGAGAGUUUUGCUAGCAAUGGUGGCGGUGACGUCAGUGUGGGUGGUCGCGUGGACAACUCCAUCAUGACCAGCAGUGUCCCCGAGGAGGAACACGAGGAGGAGGAGGAGGAGGAGGAUGAUGACCCCGAUGACGUGGACGGCAAGAUGCGGAGCAAACACGACGCCAACAAACCGCGGCCCAAGACUCCCUCUGACAGCAGCCGCUCCAAGACGCCCACGCGGAACUAUAACGCUCAGCAGCAAGGCUACAUGGACAUGGGGCGGCGAGAUUACGCCGACGCCGACGGCCGACCGCCACUGGGUCCCAGCCGCCCUGACUUCUUCCCGCGCUACGACCCGCGGUACCGCGGCGCGCCUCCUCCGCCCGGCGUCGGAGAUCCUUUCCAGCGCUCUUACUCGUCUUCCACCGCCUACCCUUCCAUGCACAACCACGUCGCCGCCGACGACCGCUGGGGUUACGGCGGCCGCGACGUGAAGCCGGGACAGUUCCGCAGCCGGACGCCCGGCCCUGAGAUGAUGGCCCGCGGGGGUCCCGGCCCGGACUACAUGAACAGCCGGACGGACAUACACCGGCCGAAAACGCCCACAGCGGCGGAUAUGCGCGGCAGCAGCAGCAACGGCAAGCCGCCCAUGCCGGCCUCGCACCCGUCACAGCCUUACGGCAGCGAUUUCAGGACUAGCGGGCGGUUCACGCCGAACCCUUCUUCGGAACAGGGCCGGCAGUACAGGCCGCCCUACCAGGACUACGGCCGCAAUUGGCCUGACUUCUCCUCCCCCACGUCACAGCGGCGCUACGAGCCGUUCGAGAACCCGUCGCUCAAUCGGAGCUACGCCGGCGAGUUCCCUCCGCGCCACCCGUUCCCCUCUGCCGGCGGCGGUGGAUUGACGCCUGGCGGCCGGCCCGUGCGGCAGAGCACGUCGUUUGAGAGCGAGAACCCCGCGCCCAGCAGCAUCACGCGCGUCCCGCGGCGCCCGCCGCCACACCCCGCGUCAUCGCUCCCGGGACAGCAGCCGGCGCGCUCCCAGAGCAGGGGUCUGGAGGAGAACGUUCUGGAGACAACGGUCACGCUACACAGACAGGAGAGCGGCUACGGAUUCCGCAUCAUCGGCGGCACGGAGGAGGGCUCCCAGUCAGGGCUCCAUGCCCCAGUACCCGUAUGACGUUGUCGUGUCCCGGAGAGAGAACGAGGGCUUUGGCUUCGUCAUCAUCUCCUCCGUCAACAAGUCCGGGGCCAGCGUGGACGAAUAUAUCGAUGGCCAUGACCCACAUCAGGCCUCAGAGAAAGCGCUUCUCUGCCCCUGGAUCGGCCAUAUCCAGGAGAACAGCCCAGCUGCCCGGUGUGGUCGUUUGCAUGUGGGUGACCGGAUCCUGGCGGUGAAUGGGGUGGACACGUCCAACAUGCACCACAAGGAUGUGGUCAGCCUGAUCAAAGACUCUGGCUUCUCCGUGGCUCUCACUGUGGGGCCUCCUCCUGAUGACAAUUCAAGCACAACAUCCCAACGGAGCUCUCAAGGAUCAGCAGGAGACAGACCAGAUGUGUCGGGAAACAUUCUCUCUUGGGAAAGAAAUCAGCCAGGCAUGGCCGGUGGUUUGGGCAGACCCAGAGCACCUAGCAACCAGGGCUCUGACGACAGCGGGGAGAUCUACCAAGUGGAACUUCACCGCGGCUCUCGGGGCUUCGGCUUUUCCAUCCGCGGAGGACGCGAGUUCAACUCCAUGCCUCUGUUUGUGCUGCGCAUCGCAGACGGUGGGGCAGCGGACAUGGAUGGACGGCUGCGUGUCGGGGACCAGAUUCUAGAGAUCAACUCUUUCAACACGGACAGCAUGACGCACACAGAGGCCAUCGAGAUCAUUCAGAACGGGGGACCGUCCGUCAGGCUGCUCAUGAGGAGGACCAACAAACCACCGCCCAUUUUUGAGGGUCCCCCGUCCUCCCCCACUGGCCUGUCCCCCGGCAGCCUAUUCCCUCCCAACAUCCCAGCUGUGCCCAACGGUCCCAUCAGUCACAGUUCACCGCACAUGGCCAGACGACAGCUGCAGCAGCAACAACAGCAGCAGUCGCUGCCCCCACCACCACCAGAGCUGCAGAACGACGACUACUUCAGCAACUACCCUCCCCCGCCACCGCCACCAGCAGCAUCAUCGUCGUUGUCGUCGUCCAUGCCUCCCCCUCCUCCGCAGCAGCAGCUGAGGUUCAACAACUACUGAAGGGCUGCUGUAGCUUAGGAAUAUGUUAUAUAUGUGGAAUAGGACAGUUAGUACAUGCUGUAAGAACUGUAUGUGUGAGGGUGCGUGUGUGUGUAGAAGAGUGUGUGUUUGGGUGGUUGGGUGUGUGUGUGUGUGUGUAAGCCAAUUUUUUUUGUGGGGGAGAGUGUAUUUCGACACGUUUUUGUGUGAGCAAGCGCUUUUGAAUGGUAUUCAAAGAGUUCCAUUUGUCCGUGCAAAUGAAUGUGUAUAUGUUCUUUGUUGGUGUUCCCGUCUGUAGAUAAAUCCUUGUUGUCCUUGAAUGUAAUGUAAACAGUGCCUUGUGCAGUCUCUCUGCCUAGUCUGUGACUCAGUUUGUAGUGCACAGGUAGACUCUAGUACAAACAAGUGUACCCACAGUUUUAUCAUGCACAUGCACAUUGUUUUACUGACACUCUCAUGCACACACACACACACACUCACACACUUUGAAGCAAACGCACACAUGCUCCAGGACAUACUACACAUACAGUCAUGUAUACAAACGUACUUGAGAACACACAUAAAGUGACGCACACUCACUCCCACAUUUUACCACACAACCCAACUCGCACAUCUUUGUCCUUAUCUCUGACUGCCCCUGCAUUCCUUCAGUGUCAUUGAACAAAAAGUUUACAGAAAUACAUUUACUGAAAUUUAAUAUAUUUGCUUCUGUUGAAGAUGUAUUUCAGUGGGAAUUUGGGUCCCCCAGCCGAACUUUACAGAAUACAUUGCUUUUUUUAAAAACUGUUUAUCUUGUUCCUUGGUUGAUGAACUGUUCAUUUCAGUCUGCCUCUCUAUUUCGUUUAUUUAUAAGAGGUUGUGAAAGUGCGGUGGAGGCAAAACAGCAUUACCAAGGGGAUCUACCAGCAAUUUGGUGUGAAUCGAGAUCUUUUACAGUUACUGAUCAUUUUACUUAUAGUCCUUGUGCAAACUGUCCUUGUUCUCUUUUUGUUUCUUCUUAUUUUAUUUAUUUAUUUGUAAUAGAUGUCUCCUAUUGAUGAUGUUGAUUUUUCUGGCGACGGUAGAGAGGCUCUAUUUUUAGACCAAAAAGAUGAGGCAAGUAGAGGUGAUGUUGAAAUUAGUAUCCAAGCAAAGUAAAUCUCUGCUGUAUUGUUGUACUUCUGUGCAGAUGCGCUCUAUGCAGUUUUCGGUUGGUAAAAUAAAAGUGCUUUUUUUUGUUAAUCCCCUCUGAUGGAAGCGAGUUUGAGUCGCAAAUGGGAAGAUAUUUUAAAUCCAGUCUGUCAGUUUAUCUGCAGUAAUGUUGUGUCCCUGUCAGCCUUGAUUAGCUUUCGGAGCAACCUUCUUCCUAAAUAAUUAUAAUUUUUCUGUGGAAUUACAUUUCUUGUUUUACAAUCUCCUGUGGAAGGUUCACACGUUCUCAUGUUCAACAGUUGUGACAUUAUCAGUGAAUAUAUAAGACCACAUGGAGAAAUUUCCACAUUUUUUACCUUUGUUAGUGAUGUGUCCUUUGUCACUCUACUUACAGAUUUGGUUGUGAGAAAAGAUGUGUUUAUUCUAAAAGGUGGGGUUUUUUUAUCUUGAUGUCAAAGGCGAAAAGAAAAUGUUUCAAGUCGUUCAUGGUUCACAGUCUGGCAAAAUUUGACCACAAAAUUAUAAGGGCCGAAAGUAAUUUUUGGGAAUGAGAAAAAAAUAUUUGCUUGAUCGCUCACUUUAUGUGGAACAUUGGGGUGGUCAGGGCUGAUUGACUCUUCAAUGAUCAAAUGAUACUGGCAGAUCAGCGGAUUUCCAUAAAAGUUCUUCCUUAAUGUCUGUUGAGCCUUUAUUAAAUGCUUUAUACUUUUGGGGGUAUUGGGGUGGCCUUUUACCAGCAAUUGCUGUUUCAAUAUUGAGUGGGUGGUUGGUAAAUGCUCUGAUGUGUUCUAUUGCUUCCUCUUCUGUCAGUGUCUCCAUUGUCCUUUUCUUUUUCUAAUGACUUGUAGCCAUUGUCAGGUGGACAGGUGCACUACAAGCCUGUACCAGUAUCAUAGACCUUUGACCUUAAGAGAAACAAACUGUAAUAAAGGAAAUAUUGGGUCUUUCUCUUCGGACUGGAUUUUUAAAUAAAUACUGUAGAAAAUGUCUAAGACAACUGCCCAAUGUUGAGGUGGAAAGCGUUUGUCUCUUAGAGCAGGUUCGACUGUAUAACCCUUGUGUACAUGUGUUUGGUUGGUCAGGAGAGUCAAGAAAUGACAGGCAGUGCGUGGUCGAGGUUUGCAUGUGCCAAGUCAUCGUCUGUCCCGUAUACCCUGUAGACCCACCGAAAGUGUACAAAAACUUGUGUGCGGCAAAUGCAGAGUUGGCGAUAUUCCUAGUGUGUCUGACUGUCUCUGCUUUGUAAAGUUUGUACAUUUUUUCUCUGCUUCAUAUUCCCGACUAUACAUAAUUUUAUCGACUGUGACAGUGAAAGUUUUGUGCAGAGAACACUAGUUUAAUUUUAUUUCCCCCUUGUAGAUUGUCACUGUGUUAUAAUGAACAUUGUCUGUUGUUGUUUAUAAACUGAAUUUGAACAAUUCUAUGAUGAUGGGUAUGGUAUUUUAGACUCAGGAAUUUUCUCAGCAGCCUGACGUGUGAUUGGUCACAAUGACCUCGCUGAAAAAUGUUGUCCUACUCGUGACCUUGACGUUGGAUUGAGGUCAUACGUAUGUAGACUUACGCAGAUAGUUUUGUUAUGAGUACUGUUGUGAGCUUGAGUCUUGUUUUGUUUUUGUGGGAAAAUAUUUCUCCUUGCCAGCAGCACAGGUGGAUGUGGUUUAUUGUUUGGUUCUGUGCCCAAAAUUCAGAAUGAUGUGUACAGUCUGUUAGAAGUGGUUAUUCACUCCAUCCGCACAUUUCUCGGAUAGGUGAGCUUUUGGAGCUGCUUAUUUUGAAGACAUAAAGAUUAUGUUGUGAUAGAAUUUGAAAGUAAAAUAGCUUUCUAUUUUGAGAGAAUUGUAAAUUGUCUAAAUUGUGUCGAUGGGGACUUAAAAUAUCUACAUUUAUCUAGGGAACGACAUUUGGUUAGUCCAUGCCUAGUACUCCGAAUGCCUCCCCCCCCCCCCUCCUUUAAUUAUGGGUCCCCGUGCUUCAGGUCUUGCAGUAACUUACUCGCCUCGCAUGUGUUUAUUUUUCUCUCAAUGUAUUGACACUGGUAGUUUUUUUUCCUGUUUUAAAUACAGUCAUUCCAAACUAAUGAGUCUAUGACGUUACUUAAUUCCAAGUGGUUCCUGCAUUUGUUUUUAUCUUUGAGCUAUUUCUCCUUGAUCAUGAUGAAGAAAGAUUCAAAAGAAUAUCCACAAAACUUCUUUUUGAAGGGAAUGGGAUGAAAGAGAGAAAGUACAGUGGGAAAGAAAUUGUUAAAGAACUAAUUGACGUUUUUCAUAAAGGCUUUGGUUGUGGUGGAGAGAUUGAACAAGUCUGUACACAUCAUCUCGUGAACAUUGUGAUUUUAUGAAGAUGCGAGUCACAGUUUUUGUUGCUUUUAAUAAUGUACAGUUGACCUUAUUGUAUUUUUUCACUUGAAAUGUUGUAGUUGUAUGGAGAAAGAGGUCCCAGGUUGAUAAGGUGAUGGUAUUGGGCACUAACUGAUCAAGUCUGACAUUUACUUCGGUUUUUUAGAAUUCUAAAUCUAUUUAUGAAUAAAUACUGCAAAAAAUGUCUAAGACAGCCGCCCAUUGUAGAGGAGGAAAGUGUGGGUCUUUUAGAGCAGGUAGUUUUAUCGUAGACGAGGGCAUGUCAACUUUUUUAUAUCUAACACCUAUUUGGCACCUUUUGGAGGUUGAAAUUCUCAAAUCGUCCACCUACAUGUAUAUCCAAAUGGGCCAUUAAUUAAUAGCAGGUGAUCCUCUUUGCCCAUAAAUAGAACCAAAUCUUUCUUUUCUGUUGAAACAAGAAUAAACUGUUGAAAUUAUUAGAGGCUGGAUGAGAAAAUCUCAAGAUAGUAGAGAAGCCUCUACACAAGAAAUUUAUGUUGUAUGUUUCAGGCAAGAUGUGGUUUGUUAGUCUCUCAGUCUGUGUUUGUGUGUUUGGGCUCACGAGCAUGUGCAGUCUGUGCGUACGUGCUUGGGUGUGCAUGUGAAAGAAAGAUUUUGUGCCCGAAAUGUCCAAUGUGAAUUUCAUGCGAUGAGGCUUUUACGCAACCCUUCUUGUGAUGUUGAAAUGAGCGUUUCUGGACUCUGCAACAUUGUGCCCAACCCUGUCUAUUUUAUUGCAACCAACCCCUAUCUAUUCUCAGAGAUGAACGUAGAAAGUUCCUUCAUGGUAUCUGUCUUUGUGGAGCUGAGCUUCCUCCUGCAGAGAGCUCCCACUUUGUGUCUCGUCAAUGCAUUUUUUGGGUGGACCGUCCGAGUCACACAGCACUGUUUAUACACGCACGAAUACAAAUACACAACUUAAAGCUAUGCAGAUCAACAAUUGUUGGAGACUGGACCGGUCGAGCCCAGAAAGUAAUAAUUUGUGUCUUAUGAUGCGGCUGUAAAUGCUUGACAUACUUUUUUACAUUACUAUGAUGUGUAGUAUUUGGUACAAGAAUUCUUUGCUGCUUUUUUUUUUUUGGUCUCCUGCUGCCCGUGGUAUGUGGGCAGCCUCUGUGAUAGCUUGGCAAGCUUUUUCUUACUCAAGCGGCUGUUAGCUGGACGUUUGCUGCCAAUUUUUGUAGUGUGUUCACGAUGUGAGUGAUUGAAGCUGGAAGUCCUGUCAUGUUGUCACACAAGGUAGAAAUAGUUGUUAUGCGCAGAAAUCAUGCUGUAGAGUGUGGAAAUGCGCUAAAUAAAUGCAAUUAUCAUUAUUAUAAGGUCAAGGGUCUUAUACAAUUGUUUGUUUACCUAUGGGGUUUUGGUCUGAAUAACGUCUGGGACGCAAAUUGAACCUUUCGACUUUUAAGAAAAUCAUAUCGUCUGUCCUCCCUAUCACAUUAUGGCCAUACUGAACAUUCUAUUUCUCUCAUUCUUCCCCGUCCACAAUAAAAAAAGACCCUAAACAUUACACAGACACCAAACAUGCUUCUUCUUAAUCAUAGUAUACCAUUCUCCUCUUCUUGAGGCCUAUAUUUGUGAUUCAAUGACUUAUGACCUUUCACUAGUGCAAAAACGUAAUUCCUUCUAUCUCUGUAGUUCACAGCCACUCUUAUGCAUGUUCUGUGCCUCUCUUUGUUGGUGUAUCUCUCGCAUACAAAGGAUCACUCGUAAACAUAGAUGCUCAGUGAACUCUCUUGUAUGGUCUGCCUCUUCCUCUCCUUUUCAGUGUUUCUAUCCCCUGAACUAGUCCUGGAGAGAUGUGACCGUUGUCAUGGUGACUUACGGUGAAGCACAAUUGAAUUCAACAAAGCAGCUCGUGAAAAAAACAACCUCUCAUAGUAGUUCAGGCUGAUAUUUUCUCCACAAAAAGUUUUCGUCCCCACCGGAGCUCAAAAGGAGGCUCAAAAAGCAUACAGGGCUAUUUCUUGCUGGAGCUUGGAAUAAAUAGAUUUACCCAAUAAUUGGUAGUUCAGUAAAGAGUUUUUACUUGAAUUCUACCCUUCAGUUUUCUUUCAGUGUGAAAGAUAACUGCAAAUAUUUCAACUAUUCAAUGCCUUUCUUGCCUUGGACCAAUUUAUUGAGGAGCAGUACACCAGUGUUCUUGGGGUCAGCGAAGGUAAUAUCGUUCAAACUUUGACGUCUCUUUCUCUCAAAAUAGUCGUCUUUGAAAAACAGCAACUUGAUCUUGUUGUCGUUUGUGACUUUAUCCACCAAUUUCCCUGAUUUUUUAUUCUGGUAUUUAUUAAAUCCUUUACAGAAAUGACAUGAUCUUAAUUGUAUGGAUGGGGAUGCUGAAAACACCUACUUAAAGAAAAACACUACAAAGAUACAGAGAUGAUGACAAAAAGUGGAACUCAACCAGUUUUUGCAGUCAUUUAGGUGACAUCUUGUUAGUUGAUUAGGAUGACUUUUGACCUGAGCUGAGCCCCUCCUGUACAUAUCACAGCGCCCUGUCAUGGUUGUCACUGGCUGUAAUAGAACACAUUUUGCUGUCGCACGCCGUGGUCAAGACGAUGAAUGAAGCAAACGUGCACUUCUUCAUAAACAACCCCUACCCCCACCAAUAUAUUUAUUCGCGUACCCUCUUUGUUGGUUGGAUUUUUUAAGGGAGGGGGGGGGGCGGGGGGGCUUAAAUUUCCAGUGACCUAAGGGGUGUAUGAUUUUCACUGGGUUUUGUUUAAGGUUCAAUUAUGUGUUUGUUUUGUGCAUGUGUUUGAAUGUGGGUGGGGCAGGGGGGUGAUUAUGAAAAAAAUUACAACCUAUGGAUAAGAGAAUUAUGGUUUUUACUACAGCAUACUGUGGAGAAUAAGUCUCUGGUAUUUAGUUUUCCUACUUGAAGUGCCUUUCUUUUUCACAAUGAUUCUCACUAUUCUUUGUUGGUUUUGUUUGUUUUUUUUGUUUUUUGUUUUUCUUCAAUUUUUUUUCUUUAAGAAAACCCUUUUUGUUUCUCGUGUGCAUGCAUCCUUUUUUUAUCAUUGAUACUUUUCUUUUGUAAACCUACGAACAAAUGACUUUUAUCUUCCUUUUGUAACUGUACAUUUCCUAUACGGUUCUACAGUAUUAGAAGAGAACUCGGAUUGUAUUUCAUUUUUCUUGGUUAUCUUGAUCAGCCUGUGGGUGGGACUAUAUGUGAGGCAGAAAUGUGGGGAGAAGUUGUGUGAGUGUGAGCGAGCACAAGGGUGUAUGGGUGUUUGUGUGUCUAGAGAAAUUUGAUAGUGUGUACAUACUGACGUGUCCUGAUAUGUAUGGGUGUGUCUGUUUGUGUAUUUGUGUGCUAAAGAAUGUGUUGUUUGUAUGAAUAUGUACAGAGGUAUGCCUUUAUCUAUAUGGUACUGUAUGUAAUGAACCUUCAAGUGCCAAGUCAUGCCAAGCCAAGUCCACUCUUGUCUCGUAUAUUUAGAUUUGCCUCUGAAUUUUCGUUAAGCCUACUGGGAAACAUUUUAGUUUUUGCCUCCAGAAGAUGUGUUGAAAUAUCUAGAAAGAUGUGUUGAAAUAUCUAUUAGGGGAGGCGGUAGGGAUGACUAUUUUUUGGAAAUGUUUUGACCCUUUUGAAAGAAACAGUUGUUAGUGAGUGAGUGGAACAACGUUAUUAUCUGACCAUUUUUGAAUAUACAAGUAUGAGUUUAUGGAGAUUGUAUAGUCUCUUUGGGGAAAAAAAUCGGGCUGAUUUCAUACAUGUUUAAACACUAAAAUACAUGUUUAAAGAGAUAUGUGUGUUUAACAAUGCUUGCAAAGUCGGAAAUAUACAGUUUAAAAAGAGAUUUUUAUUGUAAAAGAUCUUAACUGGUCAUGGUUUUAGAAUGUGUCUGCAACUAUAGAUGGUGUUGCUUUAUAGUUGUUUCAGUCUUUUGCCAUUGAUUUUGUCAUGUUGUCGUAGAACUUUUGCUUAUUCUUCUCUUAUAUAUUAUUUCCGUUUUAUUUUAGCAGUGUCAUUUGGAUUUGGUAAUGUACGGUACUAAGUAAGUGCCAAUCGUAAAUCAUCUACUUAAACUUACACUUCAGGAUUCAGCCAUUGUGUUAACAGUCACUUCAUCUACUGUUUUCUUUUACCUUUGCUAUUUGGUCCGGGGGGGGGGGGGGGGGGGGUUAAAAAAUGAAGUGGUACUGACAAAAAUUUUGUCCUCCAUUACAGUCUUCAUUUGUUCUCCAAAAACAAGGUUUCAAGCUGAACAGAUGCUUUGCAAAACGCAUGUCUGUCUUCGGUUGAUGCUCUCAUCAAUUGGUUUGUUUUUGUUUUGUUUUUUAAUUUAAAUUUUAAAUCUGAAAAUUUUAUAUUUUAAACUUGUAAAGUAAUUUGUUUUAAUGCCUUUUAUUUUUUUCUAAUUUGACAAAGGCUGUGUUGUGUUGACAAACAGUCUUGUGUGUUGUGGUGGAUGGACUAGGUGUGUUCUGUCUUGUGUUGCCGUUGCAGAAAGUUUUGUUGGUCGUGCUGGUGGUUUUGGCUUAAGGGUGUGAGGUCGUGGACCACAUUGUGUCGGGACUCUGUUGUGAAGAUGGAUGCCAGAAAGAAUACAAUUCCGGUGGUUGACUAUUUAAUAAUCAAAAAUGUGUUUGACUGAUGAUGCAACAUGUUUUAUUUUUGCCAUGUUGUUGUUUUGUUGUUGUUGUUGGGUUGUUGUUGUUUUUUUUUGGGGGGGGGUUGUAAACGUGAGACACACAUGUUUGUAGCCUUAUUUGUUACCAAAUACUGAUCACUAUUUAAUGUGUGUGUAUGCCUGAGAUUAUACAAUGCCUUUGUGUGUGCGUGUGUGUAUAUGUGUGCGUUUAUGAAUGUGUGUGUGCAUGUCAGUUUUUGUGUGUGCGUGUGCAUGUGUGUAUGCCCAUGUGAGUACAUUGUCACAAGAUAUGUCCAGUUGGAUUGUGCAUACCAAAUGCCCAGACUUAUCUCCCCUCAUUAUUUUAACCAUAUUUGUAUAGGUCUUGUAUAUAAUCAUUUACAUUAUAAAUCACACAAGUCAAUAAAGAAACUAUAUGCUAUAUA